AUGGUGAGCAGCGCGGGGGGGUUCGCCAUGGAGGCACUGCCGCGCUUUGGGGAGUGGGCCGUCGCCUCCAUCCCUGCCCCCACCUCCCUUCCCCCCAACUCCAUGAUUCUUGUUCCAAGGGUUCCCCGCACUCCUGGCAUAUCGGUGGUGGGGCUCCCAGCACAGGGUGGUAAACUUUGUCUGUUGUGGGCAUGGUCGGCCUUGGCACGGCCUGCUGAGUGGUUGGCGCUGAGAAGCAAUGAUGAGGAAAGGGAGGACCAUGAGGUGGGAAGGACGCACGCAGGGAAGGAGGGGGAAAGCGUGGGUAGCAAGCAGGGUGUGACUGGUGCAACGGAGAAUGCCGCGGCUGAAAGGAGAGCGGUUGGAGGCGGUGGAAAUGCAGACAGAGUGGUUGAAGCAGAUGGGGAAGGGGAGGAAGGGAGGGAGAGGGGAGAGAAUAAGGUGGGGCAGGUGGAGCAGGAGGGCAGGAGAAGCAGGGCGAGGGCGUACAUUGAAGAGAGAGUGCCGUGGCUGGGAAUGACAGAGGAAGGGGCGGAGACACUGGUGAACCAGCAGCCACGCACAAGCAUGAGAAUCAAGUGCUGGCAGUAUCACGACUCUGCCGCCCAAAUCGCUCUAAUCGGCGACUCAGCACAUGCCACGUGUCCAUCCCUGGGCCAGGGCUGCAACGCUGCCAUCACCGAUGCUACAGUGCUUGCCCGGCUGCUUCUGGGGGAGGUGGUAUGUAGGGAUACCCUGAUUCCUCCAUACACAAAGGAGACGACCUGGAAGCUGCUUCAGAGCGUUUGGGGCACAGAAGGAAAUGAAGGGGUGGAUUUAGAGCGAGAGGUGAAGUGCGGCACUAAGGAGUCUUGUGCUCUGAGCAGGUUGGCUGGGUCGUUCAGUCGUUUUGUCCAGAACUUAUCAAGGCUGACAGGUUUGGGGGGCAGAGUGGCACCAGAGAGAAGAGCGGGCAUGGGGGGAGAGGAGGGGAGGAGGGAGGCAGGCAGAGCAAUGUGUGCAGCAUCACCGCAGCACCUGCGCACACACCUUGCGGUGAUGCUCGCUCGCUACUCUGCUCUUCAGGUGCCAGAAGGCCAUGCCCUGGUUGACCUCUCAGAUGCCGGUGCUCCCAUCAGCAACCUAUACUCUGCGCUGUCAGCGAUUGACAUGAUUCUUCGUUCGAUCCUCUCCAAGCUGCUGCCUGCAUGGGUUGUGUCACCUCCCAUCCAAGUCGUCUGCUCCAACACCACACUCUCCUAUUCAACCAUACUCGCUCGCUUCCAUGGCUGGGUGACAACCAUAACUAGUUCCAACACAAGUCUCAGACAGCAGUGGUAUACAAGCCAGAGAAAUAGCUUGCUCGACAGAUCUUAA